CUCAUGUCUCUCCUUCAGGAUUGGCCAUGGCUCGCUUUGCUGGCGGGAAUUCCUUUACUCCUUGAGCUUUGUAAGCCUUCAAAAUAUUCUCUCGGUGCCGAUACGAAAUCUCGAUCCCAAUGGAGCUCCUUACUCAAAGAUCAGACUUGGUGGAUGCGCGCCGCAUUGCCGAUGUACCUAUUGCAUGAAUUCGAAGAGCAUGGCUAUGAUCUCUUGGGUAGACGAUAUGCAUUUCAAGCCUAUUUCUGCAAUAAUCUGGGAUUUGAGAAUGUCAACGCAUGCCCGCUAAGCCCGCUUGUCAUCCUGUUUGUUAAUGGCACAACUGUAUGGAUUACUGGGGUUGUCGCUCGGAAAAACAUUCGAGUAGCGAGAAGUUUCUACGGGUUUGCCUUUAUCAACGGGUUGACUCACGUUAUUCCGGCAUUAGUAGUUGGUCCAGCAUAUAACCCUGGCCUUGUCACAACAUGGCUAUUAUUCUUCCCUGGGGCAUUUUUUGCACUCAAAUCGCUAGGCGGUGCUAAGAGAGCAAUUGCAGCUGGAGUUCUAUGCCACUUCGUCUUGAUGGGUUCAAUGAAGCUUGCUGCUAAAGGGUUGGUCUCUGAGUGGGUUCUCUGUGGGGUGCAAGUGUUGAAUACCUCAUUGUUGAUUGCAUUCUAA